CUACAGUAACAUCCCACCCCACUCCCAUGCCCUGGUAAAUUUAACUCUCCAGGCUUGGCUAUAGAGCAGCAAGGGCUUUGUGUGUAUGUGUGUGUGUGUGUGUGUGUGUGUGUGAAGCCCUGAUGACAGGCUUCAAAGUGGGGUUCCAGGACCACAGUGAAUCUGGGAAUCAGUUUCUAUCAUGUCACAAGCAUGUUAUACCCAUGAAUCCCAUUUGGACCUUCCUACACUUCCCUCAAAUGGAAGCUCAUCAAAUGAAAGGGGAAAAGACAAUCCAGUGUCUAUUUUUAUGGUGGGGAAAUAGUCUGGGAAGGGGUCACAUUGCUCAAGUUGCACAGGGAGGGCUGGAUGUGACGAACAGACUAGGUUUUCCAAAGCCAUGACUGAGUGUGCCCUAGGAGAUCAUAGGGACACACUUCAGGGACAGCUGAGUCAGUCAAGCUAGCCUCUACUGGGUCACUGUGAGGGGGAGCGCAUGGGAGGGGCCAGUGCUUAGCUCCAGAGCCAGCUGGGGCCUGAGUCAUUGCAGGACCUUGCAGCCACAAGUUUAAGGGCAAGUGAUGUCCAUUGUCAUGAAACAAUGACAGGUGGUAGCUACUUCCCCAUCAGCACCUGUCUUAAGGUUGAAGGGGCUGAAAUGAGGGCCUUGUGAGUACAGAGUUGUUCUUGUCUGAAAGGUGGGGGGGGGGGCGGUUUAGAGGAAACUACAAGCUACCCCAUAGGUUUUAAAGAAACCCCACAUCAGUAUCUAAGGCUUGUUCUGGGUGCUAGGUCAGCUUCCACUUCAGACCUUCCAAUUAGGUCCUGCUGAGUGAUCCAGCCAGGGACAGCACCUUCCCAAGGCCCCAGCACAACUUUUGGAACUGGGGAGAACUCUCAUUUCUUCAAAGUUUGUGGGGGAUGUUUGGGAUCCAGGAUCCCACCUGGUAAACUCUAGUUGGGGCAAGAGGAGAUAGGUGGGGGUGCCCUGUUGUGAUGAGAAGAUACUGACAUUGCUGGAAGGACUGAGUUGCCUGGCCUGAAGGUCUGGGUCCCUGGCUCACAGCCUGAACCCCAUACUGUAGCGCUUGACCUCCAGCAGGUGGAUAGAGUGGGGCCCAGCUCCCGGCUCCAAAGUUGGGUGUACCUUCCCCUUGUCUGCCUGUCAAGCCACCCUGGAGUCCUAGCUCCACCGCUCAGUCCAGUGCCAAAGAGUGUUGGUUCGGCAUGGAGGAUUGGAGGGGUAAGGUCUGCAGCCCCAGUCUCUCCUGCAGCCGUCGCUGCUAGGUCGGGAGUGGACGCGGCUGCUUUAAGGCGCGGUGACCCCACGGCAUCCUCGGGCGGGGCGGGGACAGUGCGGGCGCCACCAGCGGAGGUGAAUGCGAGGGAGGUAGUGCGCGGCGUCUGGCCCCACCAUGCUGACCGCGCUCGCCCCGCCAGCCCUGCCUGGUCUCCCGAGGCGGCUGCCUGCGGCCCCCGCGCGGCGCCAGGAUUCCUCCGGAUCGUCAGGCUCCUACCACACAGCUCCAGGUUCUCCAGAGCCCCCUGCCCCGUGGCCACCCAAGCCCCAGCUGCGCAUGCUGCCGUCGGGGGAGAUGGAAGUCAUCUUCAGCGCCGGGCCCCUGCUCUGCCGCUCCGACGCGGAGGAUCGCGAGGUGCAACAACUCACGGAGCCGGCUUUCAGCAGCCCCUCGCCACCCAGGCCAGCGUCUCCAUCCCCCAUCCCACCGCAGCCCCAGACUCCCGAUGGUGGCUCCCGCUGGGCCACCUACCUGGAGCUACGGGCCCGCGGACCCAGUGAGGCCGUCCCCGCGCAGUUCGAAUGUGUUGAGGUGGCUCUGGAGGAGCGCACGGCGCCCACCAGGCCCCGGACGGUACCCAAGCGUCAGAUCGAGCUGCGCCCUCGGCCCCGGAGUCCUCCGCGGACUACCAGCGCGCCGCGCCCGCGACUGCUCCUGCGCACCGGCUCCCCGGACGAGGCGCUGUUGGGCCGCCUGCAGGACGCCGCGGGCCUGGUGCAGACAGCACUGGCCAGAAAACUGAGCCCUGCCGGCCCACCCACGAGCAGCGCCACCUUCGGGCCCUCAGGGCGGCUGGAACCUGCGACCCAGAAGGCGGCCAGCAGCACACGCGUGGUCCUGGAGGAGGCUAAGGCUCGGCCACCGCGCAUACAAAACGGUUCGGCUCCCAGCAGAGUCCUACGACCGUGGCCUAGUCUCCGCGAGCGCGCGAUUCGGCGCGACAAGCCCGCGCCUGGGACCGAGCCGCUGGGUCCUGUUAGUUCCAGUAUCUUCCUGCAGUCAGAGGAGAAGCUUCAGGAGGCGCGCAACCAGGAACCCAAGACCCGGUUCCCGCGGGAGACUCUGGAUCGAAUCGUCCAAAGGGCACAGAGUCCACCUUUAAAAUCUCGGACCCCCGGGGAGAUUCCGAGUCCAACUGUGAGGCCCAGGAGCCCGUCACCGCUGUGGCAGGCUCCAAAUGAGGCUGUGCGGGGUCCUCGCUGCCCGUCCCCCCACAACCUGCCCUCGUGGGAUAGGACUGUUCCGAGGGGGAGUAGUUCGUCGUUCCCGGAAGCAUCCUCCGUGUGGGAAAACCAGAAUCCCGUCGUCGAGGAAACCGUCAGCCGGAGGAGCCCUUCCCCUCCGACCUUUGCCCAGUGGAAUAAGGGCGUCGUCAGGGCCAGGAGCCCAUCCCCCGAAGCUCCUGGCCUCUGGGAGGUCCCCAGUCGGGCAAUCAGAAGUGCGGCAAAGCCGGGUAGGAGCCCUUCCCCGUCACCUUUGUUACCUUGGGAGGCUCCAAAUAGUCUUACUGGGACGCGGAGCCCAUCGCCUCAAGUGCAGUGGGAUCCAGUGGUGCAGGGUUCAACCACAGUAUUUACGCGGGAAGCUCUGAAUGGCCUAGCUCAGGAGGAGCUGGUACCGUCUACACCAUCCACACCCGGAACUGCGGAACUAACAGAGGCGCAGAAUCUACCCACGCGGGAGAUCCCGGAACUUGCCUUCCGAGGCAGUCAGCCGUCGCCAGAGGUGGCUGCACCCGAGCCGCCCCGCAAUCACCUCGUGAGUACCCUAGACGCCGAGGCGCACCCGGAGGCCUUGGGCCCUGGAGAAGCGGGCUCCGAGCGCCCGCGCGUGGCUAUUCCGCGGCCCCGAGAUGUGCGCAAGAUCGUGAAGACUACGUACGCGCCAAGCUUCCCCGCGGGGGCCGGGGUCCCACGGCUGCCUGCGCCCGCUGGGGACUCCUGCUGGGAAGAGGGCGGCGCGCCCAAGACGCAGGAGCUUCCGGCGCUGGGGUCCCCCGCCCCAGCUCACUACACUUCCGUUUUUCUCAAGGACUUUCUGACGGUCGUGCCGCACCCCUACGAGCCCCCAGAGCCAUCUCUCGACAAGGUUCCCCGGGACGCCUCGCAGCCUAACGGGGUGCCGCGGCGGAGGGCAGAGAACAGCACCGCGAAACCCUUCGCGCGCUCUGAGAUCCGCUUGCCUGGUGCCCUGACCCUGGGCUAUCGGCCGGAGGGAGUCCCGGGAGGCCACGUGCGCGGCCGGGCUGCAGAGAACCGGGAUGCCGAGGCCCAGCGCCUCGUUCCAGACAGCGAGAGUCGGACCAGCCCUCUAGGCGGCGCUCGCACCUCACCCCAGCUGUCCCCGGUAGGGCCGCCCCGCCCCAGCUCCCCUCAGGCGCACCCCAACUCGAGCUCAGCCUCGGCGCCUCCCAUCGACCAGUGUCCUCAAGGAGCUCCCCACGGGGUGCGCAGGCCUCCCGGAGUCGCGCACCCGGGGAAGGUUCUGGUGGACCCGGAGAGCGGUCGCUACUACUUUGUGGAGGCGCCGCGGCAGCCCCGGCUGCGGCUGCUCUUCGACCCCGAGAGCGGGCAGUACGUGGAGGUGCUGCUCCCGCCCUCGUCCCCGGGGCCGCCCCGCCGCCUCUACGCCCCUGUGGCCCUGGGGGCCGGCCUCUACCCGCCCGCCUACGGGCCUAUCCCUAGCCUCUCACUGCCGCCGUCCCCGGGCCCACCGGCCCUAGGCAGCCCCCAGCUAGCCUGGGCCUCCGAGGCGGGGCCCCUGGACGGCAUGUACUACUUGCCGGUGAGCGGGACCCCCAGCCCGGCUGCUCCUCUGCUCCUCUGCGCCCCGCCUGCCAGCUCAGUUCCCGCGCAGCCGGGCAAGGCCUCCUUGCUCCCCUUGUGAGGCCCCAGCGCCUGACCCCCAUGGAGUUGAGGCUCGAUGCUGAGUGCAGGGCCUGGCAUCCAGUCUCCUGUCCUCUCUGCUCACCUUUCUUUGGCCCAGUCUCGCCAGUCCUCAAACCGGAAGUGACUUUCAGAGACUGAGACCCUGGGGCUGAUGGAGUUGGAGCUCAGGAAGUGGCUGCCUCCUUCCUUUCCCAAGAAAAUUGUAUAUCCCUUUCCCAACCAUUCCCAGGGUGUGGCGUGUACGUGUGUGCGCGUUUGUGUGUGGUUGCGGGUGUAUGCAGGCAGCAGAUAAGUAAACUUAAGGAGUUCCAGGGCUUCUCCCUAGGAGCAGACCUGAGGAGGUAUGGGGGUUCCCCGGGGGCAACAAGCUCUCGGUCCUUCCCAGAAGACAGGCUGGGAAAGGGCCCUGGUUAACAAAUCUGUUCUUUGGAAAAGGAGCUGAGACAUGGCCUGGGCAGCUGUGGGGCAAGAGGCCAGUGCAGCUCCCAGGCCUGGCUGGGUUUGAGAAAGCAAGCUGUGGGGACUGCAAGUGAAGGUGGAGCAAGGAUGUAAGGGAGGGAAGGGAUAUGGAGGGUCAUCCUGGUUUGGGGGAGAGAGGACCCAGAGAGGUGAGCCAGGCAACUGGUCUUUGGCUGGGAGCCUGGCUCCUCAUUCCUCCCUCAAUCCCAGCCUCUGACUAGGCUUAUCUGAGCCCUCAGAGCUGAGCUGGCUCUAGGCAGAGGCCAGGGGUGGAGGCUUCAGCCACUCCCAUGCAGGUGGGGAUUGGGUGAAAUGAGUCAUCGAGAAGGAUACAGGGAAGAGGGAGGUGCUUGGGCAGUUGUCUCAGAGGACCCUCCUGGACCCUCUGGGUGGCUGGAGGGUGUCAGGACCAGAAUAUCAAGGAUACUCCUGUGUGGGGUAGGCUAGAGGGACCUGAAGCUCUCUCAGCUGGGUCACUCCAGAUGUGGCAACAAUGCCCAGAGAGGGCUGGUCCCAUAGGCUGGACCCAGCCCAGGAAGGGACAGGAUCCAGAGCUGGUGUUCCAAUAGAUCUGAGAUUCCUGAAGCCUCUGAGGGGGCUGAGGGAGAUGAGGGAGGACCUGCAUGAGGCGGGAGGUGGUCUGCGUGGGCAUCUGUGUGUGGUUUUGAGCCUGAAACGCCUGGGCUUUGUCAGACUGGUGUGUGAUGGGAUGAGUUUGAGAAGGGAUGAUUCCCACCAGAAGCAAUGUCGGGUGGGAAUUGAUUCCUAUGGGUGGGCCCAGGUCCUGUGGUGUCUCUGCCCCCCCUUCCCCUGGACCAGAAGCUGACUAGGAGAACUGUAAGAAUAACUUGGACAUCUUGGCCAGAGAUGCCAUUUCCAUGGCACGGAGGGCCCUAGAGCCCCCAGGCACCUCACCUCACCCUAGUGUGCAAUAAAUUGCUGACCUGCAGAGCCACAACUGGUGUGAGGUGUCUACUUUCCUGCAGCUGCCUCUUAACACACUCCGCAAUGCCUUCCAUGCCCAGGUAUGGCCUGGGUAGAAGGGACACUAGGGCUAGGGAAGGAGACCAGGCAUAUCUGUCACACACUGUGGUGUCCCCACCUCAGUGAGCUUGCCUCCCAGGAAAGGAGCGGCCAGGGGCUUUAGGGUCAAUCAGUCUU